CUUGUGUGACUAGCGAUAAACACGACGGACGCACGAUGGCCGACUCGUCCUACGAGAAGGGGUUGACGGAGCUGUCGAAGAUGAAGGUGGCUGACCUGAGGGUUGAAUUAAAGCAACGAGGACUUCCCACUACUGGCAAUAAAAAUGAAUUGGUAGAAAGACUCCAGCUGGCGAUUCACGGAGAUUCUGCAUUGUCCUUGGAUGAAACAACGGAAGAGAUUUUAGAUGAGGAUGAGGUUCUUGGCGACGAAGAAAUCGAGGAAUUGUCCAGUAAACCAGAUUCGCAAGAAGUCCCUGAAAAGCGAAAAUUGUCUAUAGAGACCAACAAUACCAAUGCAAAGAAGAUAGUGCUGAACCGCAAACCUGUAUUGGAGGAAAUAAAGAAUGAUCAAGUGGAGAAGAAAGAAAACAAAGGGGCAAAAGUACUCGAAGACGCACCGCCAGAGAAAAAGAUUAUCAAACUAUCGGAGCUCAGCACAAAAGAGAGAUUAGAAAUGAGGGCUAAGAAAUUUGGAGUACCGUUAUCCGAAACAGCAAAGAAGGAGGCUAGAUUAGCCCGUUUUAACGUAAACAAUCAAAAUAACAAAUCGGCUGCGUCCAUAAAGACGCCUGUGCCUACUACAUAUGAAAUGUUGAAGAAACGUGCAGAAAGAUUUGGUAGCUCGGUAUCCACCUUGAUGGAGAAGGCUGAAUUAGCUGAGCGAUUGGAAAAAAGGAAGGCCAGAUUCGGUGAAGUGGAGCCCGCCGAGAGUAAAGUGUCUAAGAAUAAAAUUAAGAUUGUUAAAUGAUACUCGGUGUUAUAUACUAAAGCGACGAUUUAGAAUACAAAUCUUAAUUUAAGUUUUCUUAUUUUCAAUAAAGCUAUUAUACAAUAUACAUGAGGAGAACAAUGACUUAUUGAAGACAAUGUACUUUUUAAUACCAUUAUCACUUCAGUAUUAAAGCAUCCAUAUUUCUGUUUUCGUUUUCUCUUUAUGUUACCUUAUCGCGUAUUUUUCUUAUAAAGAAGUAGGCGAAAGAGAGAAAUUCUCUUAAGAAUGUAAAUGGAUGUAUUACCAAUAAACUUAUAUGCGCAACAG